AACGUCUCAAGGUUCUGCCACCCGAAGUUCGCCUUUGUCCCCACCUCCCGGAAUCCCACUUCCCUUGACGCCUUCAUCCUAUGCAGCUUCUUUCCAAUCUAUUGGCCACCCGCCCGAGUCAUCUGUACCACGGGACCCUUCCGAAACGGACUCAGUGAUCAAGUUGCUGCAAUCCCAAAUUGAUGACCUCACUGUUGCAUUUAAGACACAGCAAAAUCAGGUGGCUCAGCUGUCCCAACAUCUUUCCACCAUCUUUACUGGCUUCCAUAUGCGAGAGAAAUGGUUUCAGAAGCGAGUCGAAAAUCUCGAGGUGGAAAUUGAGCAGCUUGGUAUCGAGAAGUCAGCACUCGAGAAGGACAAGUGGAGUUGGGAAAAGGAGCGAGAGGGACUGAGAUGGUUGCUUGCCUUUGGACAGUGGGGACCACAAGUUACCAGUGCGGGUAAGGGUGAUGGACGAUUGUCCGCCCUGGAUGGUUCACCUAGUACAGUGCUUUUGGGAUCUACAUCUCAUCUAAGAUCUGGUUCGAGACAACUAACACUCUCACCCCCGAUGGGACGCAAGCUUCGCAGAAGUCGUACGCUCCCUUCUCUCCCCUUUCUUGCGGACUUGAACUCGCAUCCGGGAACCAAAGACGGAGUCCGGCAAGAUGAUACCCAGGAUGCUGUUCCCCCGCUUCCGACUCAAGCACCUUCGAAAUCGAGGAGGAAGCCCUCGAAGACUGAUGGUUUUCCCCCACUUCAUAUUCCACCCCCAAUCUCUUCGAUGAUUGGAGUCGCACUGAGCAAGGAGACUCUCACUGAGACACCAACUCCUCGAGCGACGACGCGCCAAUCUCUAUCGAGCUCUAUCUCCAGCAGGUGUUCGCGCCACCCAUCAACCACUGUUCGACCUUCGACCUCAUCCACCAUUCCACCCUCCGCGAGUUCGCGAGGCACGCCCUCCAACGCUCGCUCCAGCAGCAAGUCUCGCCCGCAAUCGCCGGGCGGGAUUAUGGACCGUAAGCCCAUUAGCAGCACCUCGGGCGGCAGCGGUCGGCGCUCGGUGAGCAGCUCGAGGCGCGCGAGUGCUUUGAACGAGGACGUUGCUCCUAGAGAGGAGCUUUUGAUCGAGGGUGUACCCGUUCCCGCGCAGAGUAUGGACGAAAUGUGGAAGCUUUUAAAGGAUCUGUCGGGCCUGCCAGAUGCACCUUCUUACAAAGAAUCUACCCUCGACUCCUGAUGAAAUACGCUCGUUUUUUUUUUCUUUCAAUCCUUCACUGAAAGCUUGGGCCAUUCACUUCGCCUACGCCCAUUGUUUUAUAUCUAACGGUCCAUCACCCUCCCUUGUCCCGGUUCUGUUUCCUAAAUUAAAAGGGCACACAAUAUGCUUACCUUCCUUAUCCACCACCUCUUAUCGCCCUUGGAACACUGUCUACUCCUUUAUCUUAUCCUCAUCACUUGACCCAUUUUUGUUCGGCGCCAAAGCUGGUCUAGAGUAUAUCACAUCAUCCUUCACGUCGACACUCCUUUGCAUCGAUCCCCAUUAUUCACUUGAUACGUCUAGUUUCCGUAAUUGCUUACCGUACUAUGAGCAAUCUUUGCCCUCU